AUGAGGUUUCUGAUCUCACUGUGUGUGUCACUACUGCUGCUGAUUAAUGAACCUACAUCUUCCAGCUCUGAUCCAUGCUAUGAUUAUCACACUCUUGAUGAAUAUUGGAGAAACAUACGGCAAAAUCCAUUUAAGUACUCUGGACAUGAUGACACCCUUGUUGAAUGGAGUGGCUGGUAUCGGCUGUAUUUGAAUGGAGAAAGUGCGCAGAUGUCUGAGUGGUGUGUGACUUCUGGAUGCGGUGGUGAAUCUGGACUGUAUCUAAACAGUUCUCAUCCAAAACCUGAGGAUGGAGUGGUGACCCGUGAAGUCGUUGGAACAUACUGGUUCAGUGAUUGUGGCAGCUACAGAUCCACAUCCAUCCAAGUCAAAGCCUGUCCAGGAGAUUACUACGUCUAUGAAUUUGUCAAACCCAUCACACCAGCCUCCAGGCCUAUGUACUGUGCAGUUGCUUUCCAAAGCAUCAGCAGUGAUCCCUGCUACAACUACGAAUCUCUGGAUCGUCCCUGGAGAGCCAACAAUGAAAGCGGAGAUAACAUUUGUGAUGAAUCUUUCUCCUGGAAUGGCUGGUACCGGCUUUUCUACUAUGGAAUGGACAUCCGGAUCCCAGAGACCUGUGUUAGUUCAUACACCUGUAACACAGUAAUCAGUCUGUCGCUCAGUGAUCCUCACCCUCAGAUAGAGGAUGGAGUGGUGACCAGGGAGGUCUGUGGAAAGACAAAUUGGGGAGAUUGCUGUGGAUACAAGUUAAACCCUAUCAGAGUGAAAGCGUGUCCAGGCAAUUACUAUGUCUAUGAACUUGUGAAUCCACUAUUCUGGUGUUCUGGAUACUGCACAGAUGUCAGCACUAUUUCACUGGUGGUUUCCACUGUAAGUCCAGAUACAUUCACUGGAUCCACCAUCACCUUUAAUUAUGACCCGUGCAAUAACUACAGCAUUCUCAACAACUACUGGAGAAGCACACUCAAUUACUGGUCUAUGUUUGGAUACAUAUCUGAUCAUGAUGACACUCGUGUAGAAUGGGAUGGCUGGUAUCGACUCUACAUUAAUGGAUCAAGUGCUCAGAUGCCUGAAUGGUGUAUGUCUUACAUGUCAUGUGGAGGUUUUAGUUCUCUGUGGCUUGGUGGCUCUCAUCCUCAGCUAGAAGAUGGAGUCGUUACUCGUGAAAUUUAUGGCUCUUACCAGGAUCAGUGCAGUCGCUAUAGAUCUGACCCAAUCCAAGUUAAAGCUUGUCCUGGAAAUUAUUAUGUCUACAAAUUUACCAGGCCAACCCUUUCAAUACCAGCUCCUGUAUAUUGUGCAGGUACAUUCAUUCAUCUUUGUAUAUGA